UGCAACAAUUAUUUGGCGGUUUUCUCCAUAAAUAAUGAACAAAACCAGGAAAAGAUGUACAGGAAACGAUACUUCACCGCUGCGGAACUGGAAGAUCUAUCAGAUGAUCAGAUAGAACAGUUAUUUUCACUGACUGAUGAACAGGCUCUGGAUUCAGAUAUUGGAGGAGAUGAUGAUGCGGAAGAUAUCUUAGAUGUACCAGCCAGAACAAGAAACAUACCAACUAGAGCUUCAACCCAUAUAGCUACAUCUUCUCCACCUUGUGAUAUUCAGGAAGAAAUACAACCUCAGCCUCUUUCUCGCAAAAGAAAAGUCCCUAAUGGAGACAUAACCCAAGAGACAGGCAGCACUAUUUCACCAUCACCACCACCACCAGAGGUACAAACAUCUGAAAAACGUAGACGAGGAGCUAGAACCAGAGGAGGCACUAACGCUGCAUCUAAACGACAAACUGUGAAUGACAUAAACUCUCCAUCCACAAGUGCAACAGGGUCAUCAGUGCAACACUGUAGCCAAGGUAGCCUUGGUGGCAGAGGAAGCCAUGGUGGCAGAGGAAGCCAUAGCGGCAGAGGUAGCCGUGGUGGCAUAGGUAGCCGUGGUAGGGUGUCUGCAGUAUGUGGAGAAACUCAAGCAACUGCAAGCCAGCCAUCUCAGGAACAGUUUGAUUUUAAACGAAUCUACAGGACCCCCCAAGAGUACAAAGGUUUUAAAUUCAGUUCAUAUGCAGGUAUUAAUGUUGAAGUUGAUUUGCUCAAUCCGUUAAAAAUAUUCACUUUAUUUUUUACCUAUGAUGUUAUGACCAAUAUAAUUGUUGAGAGCAACCGGUAUGCAAGUCAAAUGGGCACUUCAUUGAAUUUGUUUCAAGCUGAGCUGGAAGCCUUUUUAGGAAUCCUUAUUAUUAUGGGCUUUCACACAUUACCUUCUAUGAGGCUUUAUUGGUCAAAUAACAAAAAUUUUAGAGUUGAUGCUGUUGCAAAAGUAAUGCCACUAAAACGUUUCUUAAAAAUAUUAAGGUAUCUUCAUAUAAAUGAUAAUUUGAAUAUGAAGAAGCCGGGAGAACCAGGUUUUGAUCGCUUACACAAGGUCAGACCGUUGCUUGAUUCACUGUCUUUUUCAUUCAGCAAAGCAUUUUCUCCAAGCCGAUAUUUGAGUGUUGAUGAAAGUAUGAUUCCGUAA